AUGGAAGAUCCUUUGAUUGGUAGAGAGAGUCGUGGUGGUGGUACGGAUCGGAUCGUUCGUAGAUCAGAAGCUAUCGCACAUGGUACUACGUUUCAGAAAGCUGCUGCUCUCGUCGAUCUGGCUGAAGAUGGUAUUGGUCUACCUGAGCAAAUUCUUGAUCAGUCGAGCUUCGGAGAGUCUGCGAAGUAUUAUUUCAUCUUCACGCGUUUGGAUGUUAUCUGGUCACUCAACUAUUUUGCUCUGAUUUUGAUAAACUUCCUUGAGCAACCGUUGUGGUGUGAAAAAAAGCCUACACCGACUUGCAAAGACAGAGAAUACUAUUACCUGGGGGAGUUACCGUACUUGACCAACGUAGAAUCUAUUAUCUAUGAGGUAAUUACCUUGGUUAUACUCCUUGUACAUACUUUCUUUCCGAUCUCCUAUGAAGGGUCCCGAAUCUUUUGGACAAGUCGCCUGAACCUAGUGAAGGUUGCUUGCGUGGUAAUUUUGUUUGUUGAUGUGCUGGUUGACAUUCUAUACCUGUCUCCACUGGCUUUUGAUUUUCUUCCUUUUAGAAUCGCCCCAUAUGUGAGAGUUAUCUUAUUCAUCCUCAGCAUAAGGGGACUUCGAGACAGCCUUGUCCUUCUGUCUGGAAUGCUUGGCACAUACUUGAAUAUCUUGGCUCUAUGGAUGUUGUUCCUUCUAUUUGCCAGUUGGAUUGCUUUUGUUAUGUUUGAAGACACACAGCAAGGCCUCACACUAUUCACUUCUUACGGUGCUACUCUUUAUCAGAUGUUUAUUUUGUUCACAACAUCCAACAAUCCUGAUGUCUGGAUUCCUGCCUACAAGUCUUCUCGCUGGUCUUCGUUGUUCUUCGUGCUCUACGUGCUAAUUGGCGUCUACUUUGUCACGAACUUGAUUCUUGCCGUUGUUUAUGACAGUUUCAAAGAACAGCUCGCAAAGCAAGUAUCUGGAAUGGAUCAAAUGAAGAGAAGAAUGCUGGAAAAAGCCUUUGGUAUCAUAGACACAGACAAAACCGGGACGAUUGAUAAGGAGCAAUGCAUUAAGCUCUUUGAACAGUUGACUAAUUACAGGACUUUGCCAAAGAUAUCAAAAGAAGAAUUCGGAUUGAUAUUUGAUGAGCUUGAUGAUACACGUGACUUUAAGAUAAACAAGGAUGAGUUCGCUGACCUCUGCCAGGCCAUUGCUCUAAGAUUCCAAAAGGAGGAAGUACCAUCUCUCUUUGAAAAUUUCCCGCAAAUUUACCAUUCGGCCUUAUCACAACAACUGAGAGCCUUUGUUCGAAGCCAAAACUUUAGCUACGCUAUUUCUUUCAUCCUCGUUCUGAAUUUCAUUGCUGUCGUCGUUGAAACAACGCUUGAUAUCGAAGAAAGCUCGGCUCAGAAACCAUGGCAGGUUGCAGAGUUUGUCUUUGGUUGGAUAUAUGUGUUGGAGAUGGCACUAAAGAUCUAUUCAUAUGGAUUCGAGAACUAUUGGAGGGAUGGUCAAAACCGGUUUGAUUUUCUGGUCACAUGGGUCAUAGUUAUUGGGGAAACAGCUACCUUCAUAACUCCAGAUGAAAACACUUUUUUCUCAAACGGAGAAUGGAUCCGGUACCUUCUGCUCGCAAGAAUGUUAAGACUGAUAAGGCUUCUAAUGCACGUCCAACGUUACCGAGCAUUUAUUGCGACGUUCAUAACUCUUAUUCCAAGUCUGAUGCCAUAUUUAGGGACCAUUUUCUGCAUUGUGUGUAUCUACUGCUCUAUCGGUGUGCAGAUCUUUGGUGGGCUCGUGAAUGCCGGGAACAAACAGCUCUUUAAAACUGAGCUGGCUGAGGAUGAUUAUCUAUUGUUCAACUUCAAUGACUAUCCCAAUGGAAUGGUCACACUCUUUAAUUUGCUAGUGAUGGGUAACUGGCAAGUCUGGAUGGAGAGCUACAAAGAUUUGACAGGGACGUGGUGGAGCAUUACGUAUUUCGUCAGUUUCUACGUCAUCACUGUUCUACUUCUGUUGAAUUUGAUUGUUGCCUUUGUCUUGGAGGCGUUCUUCGCUGAGCUGGAUCUCGAAGAAGAAGAAAAAUGUCAAGGAGAGGAUUCUCCAGAAAGAAGAAACCGGCGUCGAUCUGCUGGGUCCAAGUCUCGGAGUCAGAGAGUUGAUACACUUCUUCAUCGCAUGUUGGAUGAUGAACUCAGCAAACCAGAGUGUUCUACUACUACUAACACAUAA